AUGGUGCGACGACAAAACCGACCAACCUUUGUUGUACAGAAUAUCAAUACUACUGGAACUUCCCGCCGCAGCCGGACAAGCACGUGCCAGGAGAGGAAUGCACCCCGAGAACGCCGAGAACGUGAAACCAUUCAGCGGGACAUUGCCCUAGCACGCCGGCUUGGACUUAUUGAGAAUGUAGCUCCUCCCGAAAUCGACCCCAUAAAUAGCCAGCAUCAAUUCGAGCCAAUUAUUGGAAGUUAUGACGAUCAACACUUUGAUGAGGAUGUACAGGCUCUCCCAAGUACUGCCCAUGCAAGCUAUCACCGAGCACGCCGCUAUGCUGAAGAACGCGAGCAACUCAACCAGCGUUGGAUUUCACUGGAAAAACAAGCUAUAGCAGCCUAUAUGUUAUGCUUCUAUAACACUCGGAAUUGGACUGAAUGGAGUCCAACCUCGAUAAGUGUGAUCAAUGCCUUCUUUGAUUGA